AUGAACCAGGAGAAUAAGUUCCGUUGUUUUCGGCUGCUUGUAAUUUUCACCUUUUUAUUUAAAACCGCAGCGUCUUUUUCAGUGAAUGCCUAUGUGACUGUGACUUAUUACAAUGAUACCAGCAACGACACUACAGUAGAGGCAUGUGAAUGCGGUGUUUAUGGAUUAGCCUCACCAGUGGCUAAUGCUAUGGGGGUGGUGAGCAUCCCUAAGAACAACUACCAAGCUUGUGACUACAACACUGAGUUUACUUAUACUCAGGAGCCCUGGAUUGCGCUGAUAGAACGAGGCAAUUGUACAUUUUCGGAAAAAAUUCAAGCUGCAGGCAGAAGAAAUGCUGAUGCUGUUGUGAUUUACAAUGGUCCAGAGACUGGCAACCUUACCAUACAGAUGGCAAACUUCGGUGCUGGAGAUAUUGUCGCAAUCAUGAUUGGCAAUCUGAAAGGCACGAAAAUUCUAAAUUCUAUUCAAAGUGGCAUUCAAGUAACAAUGGUCAUUGAAGUCGGGAAAAAACAUGGCCCUUGGGUGAAUCACUAUUCAAUUUUCUUCGUUUCUGUGUCCUUCUUUAUUAUUACGGCCGCAACUGUGGGCUAUUUUAUCUUUUAUUCUGCUCGGAGAUUACGGAAUGCAAGAGCUCAAAGCAGGAAACAGAGACAGUUAAAGGCAGAUGCUAAAAAAGCUAUUGGAAGGCUUCAACUGCGUACACUGAAACAAGGAGACAAGGAGAUUGGCCCUGAUGGAGAUAGUUGUGCUGUGUGUAUUGAGCUGUAUAAGCCAAAUGAUUUGGUUCGCAUUUUAACCUGCAACCAUAUUUUCCACAAGACAUGUGUUGACCCAUGGCUGCUAGAACACAGGACUUGCCCUAUGUGCAAAUGUGACAUACUCAAAGCUUUGGGAAUUGAGGUGGAUGUUGAAGAUGGGUCAGUGUCUUUACAAGCUCCCGCGUCCAAUGAAACAUCUAAUAGUGCCUCUCCUCAUGAAGAGGAUAGUCGUAGUGAGACUGCAUCUUCUGGCUAUGCUUCAGUUCAGGGAGCUGAUGAACCACCUUUAGAGGAGCACGUGCCGUCAGCAAAUGAAAAUCUACAGCUGGUAAACCAUGAAGCAAGUUCUGUGGCAGUGGAUGUUGUUCCUCAUGUUGAUAAUCCAACCUUUGAAGAAGAUGAAGCUCCUAACCAAGAGGCCGCUGUUCGAGAAAUUAAAUCAUAAAUCUGUGUCAAUAGAAAACUUGACCAUUUAGUAAUAACAGAACUGCCAAUCAGGGCCUAGUUUACUAUUAAUGAACUGGAUAAACUUAAUAAAAUAAGAAUGACACUGAAAGUGCUGAGAUGACUAAUAUUAUUGCUAUAGUUGAAUGGCUGAAAAUAUUUAACCUAUUAACUUUUUUCCACAAACUCAUUAUAAUGUUUUUCAUAGGCAAGUUUCCUCUCAAUAGUGAUAGCAACAUUUUUAAACAUUCAAAAUUGUCUUCAAGUAGUCAUAUUUUUCAUUUAUAAGAAUUUUCUUAUAAAAACAUGUUGCUUUUAAAAUGUGGAGUAAUUGUAAUCACUUUAUUUUAUGAUAAUAUCUUAGUUAAAAAUACUACUAUUUUAGCUUGGGCUCUAUGUGUCAGGGUUUUUCUCCAGGUGCUUAUAUUGAUCUGGAAAUGUAAUGUACAAAGCAAUGCAAACUUAGACUAGUAUUUCAUGAAAUGUCUAUUUAAAUGUCUACAUUAAGUUGAUAGAACAAGAUUAAAGCAAACUAUUCCUUUUAACUAUUCUUUUAAAGUUAGGCUAAAUGUACUUAAUGUGAGUGUUGAGCAUAUUUUAUCAGAGAAUAUUUACUGGAGUAUAUUGAUUGGUAUGUUAGUGACACCAAUUUGACAGAAGAUGAUAGACAAAAUUUUCUUAUAAAAAUUCUGUGUAAUACAUCUCAAACUUUUACUAUUUUCAAAAGCAGAGUAUGUAAAUUACCAUCCUAUUUGAAAAUGAUAAGUUACACAAAGAUUUGUAAUUGAUCUUUGUGUAUGAAUGAAUCUACAGAAAUGAAUCUGUAGAAAAUGUUUUCCAAGCAACUUUGAAAAUUGAGUUUAUAUUUUACCUAAAUGGGCUAAAAUUACACUAGAUAAAUAAAAAUGCUAUCCAUGUUGCUAUAAAUUUCAUGAAUGCAUUUUCUUGGUGUUCAAAAAAGAAUCAAGGGAGUGGGGAGAAUUCCAGGUGCCUUAAUAUAAAGUUUGAAGCUUCAUUCACCAAAGUUAAAUAGAGCUAAUUAAAAAAUGCACUUUAUUUGUAUUCUGUGUGGCUUAUCUUUGGUUUUAGAAUUAUGUUUCCAGUAUAAAUUCCAGCAGAAUUUAGGCAAAAGCAGAAUAGACAUAUUUUGUUUGCUGAGUGUAGAAUGGAUGAAACCAUUGCAUUCUUGUACAAUGAUUUGAAAUGCUGUAAAUAUGUUCCGAUUUGUAUUGAUUCUCUUUAAAUAUAAAAUGUAAAUAAAAUAUUCCAAUAAAA